CACUUUCCCCCGCGUCAGGAUUGGUCAGCUGACGGUCCAAUCAGCGUGCUGUUUGUGAGUUCGAACUCCCCGCCGGCCAAUCACCGCGCGCGAUUUGAGUUUAGCCGGAUUACGGGUAGGAGCUGUAAGCACGCCUGUUCCCGGUUGACAGGCGGACAGCGGCGGCGGAGCGAUGAGCGGCGUGGUGCGCAUGCGCGCUGGCUGAUGUGACGCGCUCGGUCCCAGAAUGCUGCCUGGUAAACAGACAUGGAAGCACCUGGUGAAGACCUCCAGAGUCCCUGAGCACCGCGCCGCCGCUCCGCGUUCCUCCUCCAGCAUCGUUCUGUGUCUCCUCUAACGGCUAUACACAUCAGCUUGCUCUCGAAGCCUGGCUCGGAUCUCUGAGCUCCGGGACAGUAGGUCCUGUGUUUAGCGUGUGUGGCCGAGCGGUAUCACCAAAGCCGAUGAGGAUCUGCUGAUUUGGGCUGCGGAGUGCUGUUUUUCACUUUUCAGUAGCGGUGAAGCAUGUCGGAAAGGGCCGAGGAGGGCGAGCCGCGGGCGGAGCAGCGCGCCAGAGCGCCGCCCAGACACCAGCAGCAGCGGACUGAAGGCGCGUCAGCAAUGGCGGCCAUCGGCGAGCGCGCGGCGUCUCUCCCGAGUCCGGAAGUCAUGCUGGGCCAGGCGUGGAGCUGCUGGGUGGACGCCGCGAAGCUGCACGCGACCGACGGCAUAGACCCGGAAGAAAGUUUUAAAGAGUGUGGGAGGAACCGAGAAGCCAUGCGACUGUGCAGAGAUGAUAUGCCUAUUUUCGGGCAGUGUCCUGCGCAGGACGACUUUUACUUGGUCAUGUGCAGCCACUGCAAUCAGGUCGUCAAGCCCCAGGCCUUCCAAGCACACUACGAGAGACGACACAACUCCAUUAACAAACCAGCGUCCUCCUACCCGUCCUCGGCCUCGCUCCCGGGUCUACCCUCUCGGGCCAGAACCAGCGGAGCGGGCGGAGGCAGCACCGCAAGCGCCAUGCCCGUGGGUUCCUCCUCCUCCUCUUCCUCCUCCGCUGGAGGGAGCAACAACACCCACACAGCCAAAGAGAAGCUGCCUCACCGGAAGCCUCACUUCCCCCCAAAGGUGCUGCACGACGACAUUCUGACCCCAGCUGUCAAAGUGGAGAAGAUCCACGUGAAGAUGGAUUACACAUCCUCUAAGCCUGGCCACGCUCCUGCUUCUUCCUCAUCCUCUUCUUCCUGCAGUACUGUGAGCUCCUCACCCUCGAAGCCAGGCCUUAAUAGCCAGUCUGUACCAAAGGCUCAUCAGCCAACCCCCGGCCACAUCCCCAACGGGAAGGGUCACGUCUCCCCGCUUAGCAAGAAGCAGGACAGCAGCAACACCAACGCCAGUAGCAAAAGACCCACCAGGAAAGUGUUGGAACGCGAGUUCAGUCCGGAUGUCCAUUGCGGAGUCAUGGAUAUUGGAGCACGUAAGCCAUGCACAAGAUCCUUAACGUGCAAGACACAUUCCUUAAGCCAGAGAAGGGCAGUGCCCGGGAGGCGGAAGCGCUUCGACGUGUUGCUGGCGGAGCACAAGAACCGAACCCGGGAGAAGGAGCUGCAGCAGCAACAGCAUAGGACGGAGCCAUCACAGCAAACCCCACCCCCUCUCAGGGAGCCCCACCCACCUCUUCACCACGGCAACCCUAUGGUUACCGCCACUGACGCGGCCAAGCUCUUCCCCCUUGGCAAAGCCAAACCCCACAAUCCCGUGCUUCCACGCAGCAGUAGCUCUCACAGCGGGCUGAGCAGCUUAGGGGACGCCGCCGCGACCCCUGACCCAACACUGCAUCCCCACCCGGCUCCCACGCCUGACAGCGCGGCUUGUCCCUCCAGCGAUGAGGGGGAGAACGAGGAGAGAGAGGAAAUCAUGGACAAACUGGACUGCCACUAUUCAGGUUACCAUCCAAGGCCAGCUGCUUCCUGCCCUUUCGGAAGCCGACUGUUCGGGAGAAGCUGUUAUUCAUUCGACCGGCGCUGGGAUCGAGUCCGAUAUGCGCUGGUGGCCAUGAUGGACAAACACGUCACCUCGCUGAUGUGGAAAAAAAUCCCUCUCGCGUUGGAGAAUUCCUCCUCGUUGACGGUGACAUCAUCUCACAGGUCUACCACAAACUCGCUGUCCUCUUCCUCUGGAUUUCUGAGCCCCUCCCCUCCGCCGCCUUACAGCCAGUCACACGACAGCAAGCCUACACUGUCGUAUGGGACCACCCUAAAUGCCCGUGUCACGUCACAGAGGGCAGGAGAGCAGCUCGCUUACAGCGGCGGCUCGUCCAGACAAGUGUCCUCGUCCUCACCCCAGAUGCCUUCAGCACACUCGUCUUCGCUGCCCUCCACUCCCGGCUCGAACAAAUCCAUGCUCAAAUCCCGCUCCACACCCAAGCACUUGUGGGUCAGGGAGCCCUCACCGGCUGCGCUAGCUAGCUCCAGCGCUAACAACAACAGUGACAGCGGCAGCGUGAGUAGCAGCAACAGCAGCGCAAUCAGCCUCGGCUCGACAAAGAAGCGCAAGAACAGCUCUCUGCUGAAAUAUGCUGCCGAAUCCUCUCCUUCGUCCUCCUCUUCCUCUUUAAAAAAGAACUGCAUGGUGAACUCGGGCACCUCAGGGAGCAGCUUCCACUCCUCGCUAACCUCCAUGGCGUCGUCUGGGGCUUUUUCUUCUUCAUCGUCGUCCUCCUCGGCGCACGGUAUGAGCUGCCCACCGGGUCGCGGUAACUCGAUGGGCGCGCGCCAGGAAGCGGCCGAGCCCAUCAAGCGCAUGAGCGUGAUGAUGAACAGCAGCGACUCGACGCUCUCGCUCGGCCCGUUUGUGAACAACCCAGACGGGAGAAGCGACACCAAGAGGAGGAAGAGUUCACAGGCCACCAGCAGCCUCACCGGCACAGCGACCUGCACAGCAUCUGGAGGGGGAGGGGCGCAGGGGCCUGGCAGGCCCAAAAUGGCCAAAUCACCAGCCAUCAACAACAUCCACGGCAAACACACGCGACCCAUGGCGGGGACACCAGGGCUUCCAAACAAUUCGCUUAUACAUCAGCCAAAGGCCCGCCCCUGACACAGGUGGGCCGGCUCUGGGGGUGCGAAGCGGCGGAGCGGAGCUCCCUUAGCGCCCGUCACGGCACACUGCACGAGGCCUUCUUCUUAUUAUUCUUCUCUUACUCUCAGCUUCCCACAAUCCUCAGGGUGGAGAGCACACUGGGCCGCUCGGUGAUGGAGCGCUGUUUCCCCGUGGCCACAAGGGGGCAUCACACAGGUGGAAAAUUAAGAAGAGGGGCACAUCUGUGUGUGUGAAGGGUGGAUGAAUGAGACGGCAUUCGCCCCGGUGGCAGGCAGCGUGUGAUGCAAAGUUACAGUUAAGGGCUGGUUUUGGGCCACGCUACACCACUACACAGCAUCAGAUUCACAGGCUUCAUUAGCGAAAAAGAGCAUUUCUGUUGAUUUCUUUCAGUGAGUGUGUGUACGUGUGUGUUCCUAUGAAUGAUACCAGAACACUGGAAAUUAAAUUCUGUGUAAACUGUGAUUGUUCGAGGGUGGGGCGCAGGAAGCAGACGUAAUAUAUAUCAGGAGUCUCAGAGAAGAAAACUAAUGCAAUCCCAUUUAGUUUAAUAAACGUAUUUAUUGUGUGAGGAGGAGUUUUUGCCAUAAUGCAAUUCAGCACAUUUUAAAAGAGGGGUUUAAAAGAAGAAAAGAAAUGGAAACGAUAUCCGAAUUGACAACCUAAAUGCAAAACGGAUGAGCAUUUACAGUCUUAAUGAAUGUCGUUUACACACAGCAACUAUUUGCAAUUUUUGUAAAAGAGACCGGAACAAAACUCAUUUCGCAGCUAUAUUUUGAUCAAAAGAAACUUCCUAGAUGUUUAACUUACAAUGCAGUUAAUAAACUCACCCAGUUCGGUUUAAAAUUGCUUUUGUACUUAACCAAAUUUAGCACUUAAAAUGAGUCAAACUGAUUUAUGGAAUUUCCCUUAUUAAGGAAAGCUAAGGCACUUCCUAUUAGUGAUGCCACACUUGCGUUAAAUGAAUACUUUCAAAGCUUUUCAUCUCCAUCCACCACAUCUGUGUCCAAUUUUUUUUAAAGCCUUAAAGAAAAAGCAAUCUUUAAAAAAAACAAAAAAAAAAAACACUAAAGCCCAAUUCCUAUUUUUUAUGUUUUUUGUUUAUUUUUAAACUACAAAUCUUAACAGUUCUAAAAUUGUGGCUUGUGGCUCCGACACGCUUUGACGCCGUUAACUAAAAAGUAGCUAUGAGGCGCUGAGGUGAAAAAAAGUGGUUCUACAUAAAAGCACUAGUGCUGCACAAUUAAUCGUGCGAAAAAAAAAUCUAAAUGACAUGGAUUGUGCAAUUAAAAUGGCUGCAAUUUACUACAGGUAAUGUAUGCAUAACUGGGAAUUUGUCGAUGAUUUAAGUACAGUACCAGUCAAAAAAGUUUGGACACACCUUGUAAUUUAGUGUUUUAUGUUUAGAGAUGGUCACAUUCUAGAACAAUACCGGAGCCUUUAAAACUGUAAAAUAACACGAAUGGACUUGGGUAGUUAAGUAACUACAAUGACGACGAUCAGUCUACUGGAACAGUAUUUGCAAAAAUUUAGGGGUGAAGUUAAUUUUGAGUUACCAGCCUCAGUGUCCAAAACUUUUGAUAGGUACUGAAUUUCUUUAUUAUUUUUUUUAUAAUUUUGAGGUGAUAAAUAUUAGCACACCUUCACUUAACAAGAUCUCUAGUAACGCUUUUUGCCGUUAGCCUAGGGAUGGGAAUCACAGUGGUGUGAACAGUUUAGAACAGUUCUGUGAACCACCUGCAGGAUUAUAGAGGAACUGCAACAUUUUACGAACUCAAAGGCAAACAUGUUUAAAUUAUUUAUUUUUAAAUAAAAAAAAAUUACCCUCAUCUAUAAUAAAUGUUAUUAGAACGAAUACCAGAUGGAACGUUUAAUAGUUAUAGGCUAUAUAAAUAAUCGUAAUGUGAUUUUUUUUUUUUUUUUUUUUUUUCCAUUUUUUUAAUUGGAUUAAAUUGUGCAGCCCUAGAAACCACAGAAAAGUGGAUUAUUUGAUCCAGUAGGGUCGUGGAUAAAACCAAUUACUACCAUGUAGCUCUAAAUUUAAGUCAGAUUGUGGUGGACAGAAAUUAGGAUAAAACUGCUUUAAAGUAUCCAUUUAAAUCGGUUGCAGUGAACUGUAUUGAAACCUGGCUUUUAAACACUUGUAAUCGUCGUGACUCAAGCUUUGCCAGGGAGAUCUCUUCGCCUGUGAGGUUUUUUAUUGAAAACAUUUUUUUUUAAUCUGACCGUUGGAUUGUUGCUCACCUUUAGUAUCCGUCAAACUACAUGAAAUCUCCCUUAAUCACUACGGCUAGAUGUGAAAAACUUUCAGGCUGUUAGGGACAAGUGCUUGUUUAACACACACUAAAAAAGAGAUCAUGCAAUUCAUUAUACAACCUUGAGGGUGUUUUUGUUUUUUUAUUUUCUUUGCAACAGCGAUGCACAUUUACACUAGAAAACGUAACGCAAUGAUGCUUGUCUGUUUAGUGAUGCAACAGCGGUUUAAUUAGAUUUCACUCUCACACACACGCACACAUGAACGAGAACGAAUGAAAGACCGUGACUCGUCCAUUAUCGUCAGUGUGCUUUACACUUCGUGGUUUUUUUUUCCCCUACAUAAUUUUUUUCUCACUUUCAAAGAAUGCAAUCUGCAAAAUUAAACUAAAAGGAUUGAAUAAAUUUUAAAUCUUACAGCUUAUUUAAUAUCAGAUCCCAUGCUUUAAUCAAUAAAAAAAAAAAAAAAAAAAAGGUUUCAGCCUGAACCUGCGCACUUCAGCUGAACAUGAAACCAAAUCACAAACAAACCAAAAAGAAAGAGAUCUGGCACACAUGAUUAAUAGAUGCUAAAAGGGGAGAAAAGAAGGAAAGAAAAAAAAAACCACGGCAAGUGUGAAAGCAUCCUAAACUCGUCUUUAUUUGUUUUUCUUACUAGAGCAGGUGUAGUGAGGCGGAGGUCAGCGGCAAUACACGGGAACUACAGAAUACGAGACGAACUACUGUGAGAAGCUCCUAAGGUGAUGCUUUAUAGCUCUGUAGCCACACGUUCAUUUUCAUUCACACGUGUACGUAUACGAGCACUGAUGCGCGAGUUCAAAAGCAAUCCCCGCUUCUUCAUACCGAAUAAAUCACUAUGAUUAUGUCCAGUAAUGACUAUAAGAUAUCCUGAGAUAGUGUUCUGAAAUAAAUAAUUGACUAAAAUAGGAUUUUCUAUGAAAACCGGCAAUAGCUCUCUCUUGUGAGAGUCAAAAGCUUGUGGAGUAUUAAAGUGUGAAGUGGAUGUCUGCAGAAGGGAAAGAGAAUUAAUAACUAAAAAUCCAAACUGAUGUCAGUCAGCGAUUGUAGCUGAGGAAACGAGAGGUUUUUUUUGUUUU